AUGAUCACCUUUCUCCCCUGCACAGACUUUGAGGAGAUCGCUCGGAUCCUCGACGACAAGCGCCUCGGCGGCCAGCGCACCGAGGCCUGGGCGAUACUCAAGUGGCUGCGGGCGCCGGAGCAGUACCCAAAGCUAGUCAGAGCGGGGUAUUGCUCCAUGUGGAAGGGGUUUGAGCCGGCGCUCGUCUGCUACGUCAACGCGAUGCUCCGAGAGUGGGCCCGUAGGGGCUUCCGCAACGACCUCCUCGCUCCAGGGGAUGCUUCUCUUGGGCUCGACGAACCUGCCUCGCCUCCUCCGAUGCCGCCGUGGCUCGGCGAGGAGGCGCUCCACUCGUGCCACCGCAGUGCGCUGAUGGCGAAGCUGCCAACGCACUACUCACAGUACGGCUGGCCCGAGACCGGCGAGGACCACGACGGCUCCUACCUCUGGCCCGAUCGCCGCGACGACGGGUGGGUGCUGCGGUGGCCGGUGGCGGCGAAGCGGCCCGCCAUCCGGCUCUUGCGCGCCGACGUGCCUCCGCCUCCCUCCGCCGCCGCUGAGCCGGCCCUCGCCUGCCGCAAGCGAUCCCGAUGCGAGGACGGUCCGGGGCGUUCGGCCCUUCAGGCCGAAUGGACCAGGCUGACAAAGGAGGAGCUGCCCAAGCUCGCAAAGGGGCGGCGCUGGCCGAUCUGCCUCGACCAUUGCUUUCAGCGGGUCGCGCUCGACGCGGCGUUCGGCGGGUGCUGGUACGACCACCUCGACCGCAAGCGAGGCGCCGCGAUCCGGCAGAUUGCAGACGCCGACCUGGCGCGCGCCGUCCAGGCAGCGCGGCGGAUGCGCGACGAGGGCGCCGCGGCGGUGGAUGAGAUGAACGCGGAGAGCCUGCGCUGGAGGGGCAAGGCUGGCCCAAAGCGCAAGCGGUGA